AUGGUUGUCACAGUUGGCGCAAGAUUAUCCCUUAAACAAUUACACUGGUAUUCUACCACAAAUCAACAAACAAAUUUGGCACCAUUUAUUUCGAAGAAAUUCUCUAGGAUAGAGAAAUGGGCAGAAAGUAUUGGCGAAUUG